GCAGGUAAUUCAGGUUUUAAACAUAAAAUUCCAUCGCCACCAAAUAAAACAAUAGCAACAGAGGAUAUCAUUCAAACAGUAAAUGGUAAUAUGUUUGGUUAACUUAAACUCCUACGUUGUUAUCACUCAGUACAUUGGAUACUUCGUUAAAAGGUCGUACAAAUUUUGCUAACUGUAAAUAUAUCAAAACAAAAUGGAAUCUCUGGGCAUCACGCUACAAUUGGGCCAAAUUUUGAUGGUAGAAACGUCCAGUGAAUUGCUAACUGGCACAUUGAAGUUCGUUGACCCCAAGCGCAAAAUAAUAGAAUUAGAAAACGCUUAUGAUCAACGUUCCAACUGUUCGUAUAACUCGCCACAAAUUUUGGCGUUUCCUCAAAUAAAAAAGUUACAAAUUAUACGAAGUGGGGAAGCAUCGAGUAACACAAAUAGUGGAAGCGAUACAGGAACAUCUCCUACAGCGUCUGACGUUGAUCCAGACAGUUACAGCAGCUACAAUACACCGCAAAAGUCACCAACAUCUUUGCCUGAACACAAACAAGAAAUCGAGGUUGCACUAAGUAGCACUGAAUUAGAUCUGAUUCAUGAGCAACUCAAUUCUGUGGUAUACAUUACGCAAACAGAUCAACGAUAUCACAAAGCAUUGGCAGACAUACGCGUUCAACCGAUAGUUGCGCUUGUUAUGGAGCCGGUUGAUUUUGGUCGAGCACAACGUACAUCAGUGAUGGCAGUUGCCACCUAUCAAGCGGUAUACAUUUUUGACAUAAUUGCUCUGGGAAGUAUUUUUCGCGAAAUGAAGCAAAUACUGGAGGCGGAACGACCGCGCAAAGCUGUUCACUACAGUCAUAGACUACUUGAUCAGUUAAAAAAUCGUCAUGGCAUUAAAUUAGGUGGAGUAUUCGAUACUUUUGUAGCGGUAUCAAUUGUUCGUGGUAGCAAGGAACCAACCACUUUAAUAGAAGCUGUAGAGCAAACAUUGAAUAUAACACAUCUUUACUUUCAGCCCGAUGAAGAUAGUAACCAUAAAUAUGAUCCGUAUAAACGGCCACUCUCCGUUAAAUUGCGUCAAGUAUUAGCAAAAAAAUCUAUAUAUCAAUUGAAGUUAUAUGAGCACCUCCUCCAUAAACAUAUGCUGCGAAACUUCUACAACCAAUGUACAAAUUUUUCACAUACAUUUUGCGAAAACGAAGAUGCUACUACGCCGCUGGAAAUGCAACGAAAGAGUAGAGCAGGAUUUCAACAUAUAAAGCGCAGUACAAACGAUUUUGCAUUCAAAUUCAAUGAGCUGAAUUAAUUUUGUACUAUAGCCCAAAACAUAAGUGUAUAGUAGCUCGGAACGCCACUACGUAAGCAAUGCAUAAUACAGUAACAUAUUCGUUUUCACAACAGUUGGUUCUACGUUACCGAAACGACCCGGAUUUAAAUCCGGCUAAGGAUUGCCACUCCAGCAGCAUUGUCCGUAUGUAAGAAUGGGGAAUGUUUAUGCUGGUACAACAACAGUAACAGUAACAUAUUCAGUCUUGUACUGCAUUUCGAUGCCGAAAAAUUUGCUCAAUAUCGUAGUGAAUAAUGCUCGUGAUUUCGAUUUUGAUCAAAUUUUUUGGCUUCAAAGGUAUUGUCGACAAGAAAAAAAAUCUAUUCAAUCUCACCGAAAUUGAAAAAAAAACCAACACCAAAAUGGGGUGGGACUGCAACUUUUGCUUUUCAACAAGACUGAUUAAUACGUUUUUUUUUUUUUUUUUUUUCGUAAUCUGCAAAUGCAAGCCGUGUUCUACAGUUAAAGUAGUUUAUAAAAAAAUAACUUCCACAUUCGUCCUACGGUGUUUCUGGACAAGUAAAAUAUUAAAUAUUUGUACAUAUAUGCCUUUAAGCUGAAGCAAACCCCGAUGAUAUUUUUCUCAUACAUAUCGUGUGGGCCGCCAUAGCCGAAUGGGUUGGUGCGUGAUUACCAUUCGGAAUUCACAGAGAGGUCCUUGGUUCGAAUCUCGGUGAAAGCAAAAUUAAUAAAAACAUUUUUCUAAUAGCGGUCGCCCCUCGGCAGGCAAUGGCAAACCUCCGAGUGUAUUUCUGCCAUGAAAAAGCUCCUCAUAAAAAUAUCUGCCGUUCGGAGUCGGCUUAAAACUGUAGGUCCCUCCAUUUGUGGAACAACAUCAAGACGCACACCGCCAAUAGGAGAAGGAGCUCGGCCAAACACCUAACAAGUGUACGCGCCAAUUAUUUAUUUAUUUUAUUUUAUUUUUUAUAUCGUGAUAUGGAUACUUAAGGCGUGGAUAUCCUUUCAAAGUUUUAUAAAUGCGGCAUUAAUGGGAAAACAUUCAUCCAAUUAUAUCUGCGUGCAAUGCUUGGUACAGUACAAUCACUGAAGAUUCCCUGUUUUACUUGAAUUUGUCAUCGAUUACGACGAAUGAAGAAGCGUAAAAGUAAACUACUCUUAAUAAAUGUUUGUAAUGCAAAAUUUAAAUAUUGUAAAGAGUAUCCAAAAUUUCAGUUUCCAUAAAAACACGAUGUAAAAAUUGUAUCAUUUCUACACUCACGGGUGUAGCUUAAAUUGCGCUUUAUCAACGUAAUGAGUUGUUCCCCCCAUACAUACGGGGAAUGCUGCUGGAGUGACAGUCCUUGGCCGGAUAUAAAUCCUGGUCGUUUCAGUAACGUAGAACCGACUGUCGUGGAAACGAACGUAAUGAGUGUUAAUGCUCAGCUGUACACUACUACCAGAAAACAAGAACUCUACCGUUAGAUGAGUUAGACGUAGACGAUCGGUGACUACACCACACUGCCAGGAUUUAGUAAACUGCUACAACAACAACAGCUCUUAUUUUCUAUUCCAUUAGCCCAUAUUGCUCUGCAAUCUAAAGCUUGGGGUUGAAGGUAUCAGAAGUAAAUAUAAAUUGGUUGGAUUAUAUUGUUGAUCCUAGACUUCUAAUAAUAGAGAAGUGGAAAAUUUUUCUUUAUUGUUUUAAAAGGAAUAGCUUUAUGAAGCUAUUAAAAAAAACUGAUCUCUUAAACAUUUUUUUUUAUCGGCAGUGAGACCUGAUGAAUAGCUAGUCUUUAACUAUCGGAGUGUACAAAGAAUUAUGGCAACCUAAAGCUAAAGCAUGAAAGUCUCAUAUAAAUCAAUAUCAAUUACUGAUCCUAUACUUCAUAUAAUAGGGAGGUGUAGAGUUUGGUUUUUGUAUGAGCAGCUUUAGAAAGUUGUUAGCAAUUUCCCACUAAAGACUUUAAAGAAAUUUAAAGCAAAAACUUAAUUGUUCAUUACAACCGAUUUUUUUGUUUAAAGGAAAAAGUAGACUAGAGGUUUUCAUUAUUGUAAUGCAUCAUUGAAAGACAAAGUAAAAAAAUUUUUUUUUUUGCUCGAGUGCUUCUCUUCUUCGAUGUUUGGAUAUUAUAAAUUCUUUAGUUUUUGAUAAAAGCUUUUGUUUUGCUGUUUAUUGAGCAUGCAUUUGUAUCUUACAUCCUUAUUUUGCUUUUAAGUGAUUUUUUCCUCAGAUAUAUGGAAAAUGUUUUGAGGGUAAGAAGUAAUUUUCGCCAUGUCUGGGAAUAUUAUUAUUAUUAUUUUUUUUUUAAAUCAGAUAAGGCAAAAAAUUCACAGUUAAGUUCUAUGAUAGGCCAAAUUUCCCUAUAUGAUGGCUAAUAUUGUAAAUAAAACAGAUUGAUAGAUUGCAUCACAUUUCCACAAGGCGUGCUCUGAGCCCAAUCAAAGAGUCGUAAUGCUUUCUUUGAGAUUUAAGCUGAAGGCAAUUUUGUUCACGACAGAAAAUAUCUCGGAUUAACUCAAUGAUUUGCACUUUCACUCACUGGCCGCUAUUUUGGGGAUUUUUCGUACAGACCGUUCCGACCAAAAAAUUAAAAAAAAAAACAAAUUUUUACAUGGGUGAGAUUUACAAAGUCCCUGUGGGCAUUAGGUGUGAAGUUUUCGGUACAUUUUAGAAGAUAUUUUGUUUUUGUGUUUUUUUUUUGUUUUGAAAUUGUUGACCAAAUGAAGAAGUAGUAUCCUGAAAAUCUUACAAAUGUCGGCGCUGAAGAUUUUGAAAUUUAAAACUUAGUGAAAAGUAAAAAUGAUAAAUGGGUUUAAGAGUUUUUAUUGUCCUUAAGCGGCAUCUAUUGUCAAAAUAGUAAGUUCAUGAUGUAAAUCGAAAAUGGUACGAUUAAAAUUGAGACGCACAAUUGAAUAUAAAUAAUAAGUGAUAUACAAAUGUACAUAUUUACCCGAAAACUCACAUUUACCGUUAUAUUACUAUGUAUGAAUAUUUACUGAUUUGAAUUAUGUCAUUUGAGCAAAGUUUUGAGUUCCAGAUAUUAUAAAAAAUUAUUUUAGUAAACCAUGAAUUAUACUUUAAUUUUUUCUGCUGUUGCUAUAUUUAGUUUUUAAAAAAAGAACGCAAAUGAAAUAUUUUAUAAACAUACAUACAAAAGUAUAUGUAAAUGUAAAAGCUUGUUAAUUUGUAGAGUAUGCAUUCAAACCGUUCAUUCAUUCGAUUACAAGGGAAAUUUGGUGAGUUGUUAAGAUUCGCGAGCUUUUUUAGGCACGCUAUGUAAGUGCCGCUGUGGUCGAGAUAUUUCGAAAAAUCGUUUUUAUGAUCGGGUUUGGGUACUAUUUAUUUACUCGAAAUCAUUUAAAUGGUCCAAUUUAUCAAAGUAUUUAAUGUUUACAUGUUUUCCGCAGACAACAACGAAAUUAUAAUAGUUUUCCGCGAAUUCUCUACAAGGUCAGGCACUCGAAGCGUAACCAAUUAAACCAUA